AUGCAACAACGUAAGAAGAAUGCAUCAGUACGAUCCUCCUCUGGCAUGGAUAGUUUGAGUUUCAGUUACAGAAGCGAUUGCUCCGCCAUCACAACCAUACUUGAAGAAGAAGCAGAGCCAUCACUACCACCGAGGCGAAACUCGGCAUUGGACAACUUCAUGCAAGGUCUAUUGGCUGGGCGAGAGACGGAAUUGAUCAUUGACUCUGCCAGAUCAUCACCAUGCAAGAGCUGGGAUUCAUCAUCUGAAGAUAAUCGCCGGAAUUCCUUGAAUCGAACGGUGGUCAAAAGAUGA